AUGGCUCUUGCUUCCCAGAUUGUGUCUUCCUUGCAAAGCACUCCAGCUGCAUGGCUCAUGCAUCCCAGCAACGAAAACGACGACGAUACUCCUACCCGUUGCUUUCUCAACCUAAGAGAGCAAAACCUUUACAAUAUCAAAAAUGUCUUCGAGCCUCUCAUUGAUGCUUGGAAUUUGACUAUGGUGGUAAUCUACAGAACCCCAUCAAAGCUUGCGUUUUGUAUGCAUGGCGACAACACUUGGACCAACCUUGGUAGCACUGGCACGCGUGCAGACUAUUCCGAUAUCAUCUGCUACAACAAUCUGCUUCAUGCGUUGACAGACAGUGGUUCAGUUGAAGUGUGGGAUUUUCUCAGCCGCCCUCCCCUAAAAAUCACAAAUUUUGGACCCUCUGGAUCAACUGCUGACCUUCUUGAUACAGAGGCUACUCACCCUUUGGUUUGUCCAUACCGAACAAAGCAAUUCCACGUCUAUAAAUUAGAUGGCAUUCGCAGCAUAUGGGAGAAGGUGGAGUAUUUACCCGACAGAGCAAUGUUUUUGGGCGGAAAUCCAUAUCUGUCGCUCUCCAUUACGGAUCUUCGAGGUUGUGAAUCGAAUACUAUUUACUUCACCGAUGAUAACCGGGAUUAG